AAUUCUAUAAUAUAUUCAUAAACAUAAUUAAUAACAUCAGAACAUGCCUCUCCUUGAAAUAAUUGAUGCUGAGAAUAAUAUGGAGUUUGAAGUAGAGGUAACAAAAGAAGAAGCAGCAUUGGCAGAAAGAGGUAAAAGUAUUAGCACAUAUUACCAAAAAUGUUCUUUGUUAGCUUUCUGAUUUAUAAUCAUACAUAAUAAUGAUUGUAGAUAUAGAGUUCGCAACAAAAUUGUUGCAAGAUGCACAACAACCCUCAAUACUGUGCUCAGAGGGAAGUACAAGAGAUAUUUGAUGUUGAUGACCAGCAACCCACACCUUCAUCAAUUCCUGGUGUUUUUAUGUGGACGGUGCCAACAACCAAAUAUUUCAUAUCCCUAUAUGAAAAAUAUGAAGGAGGCCUGAGUUCUGGCAGAAUCACAUAUAAAAUGGUAUGGGAUAAAAUCUCAAAAGAAAUGAGAGUUGCUGGCUUUCCAGUUUCAAGUAAGCAAUGCAGCUCAAAGCUCACAUCACUCAAGAGAAUGUAUAAAGCUAUUAAAGAACACAACAGUAAGUCAGGCAAUUACAGACGAAAGUGGUUAUAUUAUGAGCUAUGUGAUGAAAUUUUCUCAAAUAAACCCUGGAUGGAGCUUCUGUCCACCAUAUCAUCUGAAAAUGAGAAUGUUACAACUUCUGCUGCAAUAGGAGCACUAGAGGCUGGAAAUACUGAAAAUUCUAGAAGUUCAAAACCAUCACUGAGUUCCAAUACAAAAAAAAUAAAUUUGAAAAAUUCCUGGAAUUCAAAGAAAGAGAAGCAAAUAGAAAAGAAAAUCAACAUAAGGAAAAAAUGGCCCGCCUAGAUAAGAUGAAUGGACUCUUGGAACAAAUUUUGUUUUCAAGAAAUAAGUGAUUAUUGGGUUUGCUGUAGAGCUCCAAUUUUGAGUUUUGUGUUCUUCAAUGUUGAAAGCAUUACCAUAUGUAUAGGUUGUAGCAUUUAUGUUCUUAUACAGGGUGUUAUUCAAGUAUGUUGUCAAACUUCAAGGGGUGAUUUUUUGGGUAAUUCUCAGAUGGAAAGUUCAUCUACAACGUCAUAGGUCUGGAAAUAUAUAGUUUUCGAACUUACUGAAUAAGCCUUUUACUACUACAAAUAACACUGUCAAACUUAAACAAAAUUGGGUUUUUAUAACAUA